GCGCGAACUUCCGCCGUUGCGAAGUUGCAGGGCGGCUUGGCGCGAUGUCUGGGGACGGCAGCGGCCGCCGGUCCGAGGGCCGGGGCCGGGGCCGCGACCCGCACCGGGAUCGCACCCGGUCCCGCUCCCGCUCUCGGUCCCCGCUGUCGCCCAUGUCCCGCCGUGGCGCCGCGCCCGAGCGCAGGGAGGCCCCGGAGCGCCCGAGCUUGGAGGACACGGAGCCGUCGGAUUCCGGGGACGAGAUGAUGGACCCGGCGAGCUUGGAGGCGGAGACCGACCAUGGCCUGUGCCGCCAGAUUCGCCAUCAGUACCGGGCGCUCAUCAACUCGGUCCAACAAAACCGGGAGGAUAUAUUGAAUGCCAGCGACAAGUUAACAGAGGUCCUUGAAGAGGCCAACACCCUGUUUAAUGGAGUGUCCCGAGCAAGAGAAGCAGUCCUAGACGCCCACUUUCUUGUUUUGGCUUCAGAUUUGGGCAAAGAGAAGGCAAAGCAGCUGCGUUCUGAUCUGAACUCGUUUGAUAUGUUAAGAUAUGUUGAAACUCUACUGACACAUAUGGGUGUAAAUCCGCUAGAAGCUGAAGAAAUCAUCCGUGAUGAAGAUAGUUCUGAUUUUGAAUUCAUAGUCUAUGACUCCUGGAAAAUAUCAGGCAAAACAGCAGAAAACACCUUUAAUAAAACCCAUACAUUCCACUUUCUGUUGGGUUCAAUACAAGGAGAGUGCCCUGUGCCAAAGCCACGAACUGAUCGUUCAAGAAAAGUUCGUACGAUAGAAGAGCAGCAGGCAAUGCCUGACGAGUUAAAAAGAAUGGAAGAAUCUCAUCAAGAAGCAACAGAAAAAGAAGUAGAAAGAAUCUUGGGAUUGUUGCAGACAUAUUUUCAAAAAGAUCCUGAUACUCCGAUGUCCUUCUUUGACUUUGUGGUUGAUCCACAUUCUUUUGCCCGAACAGUGGAAAACAUCUUUCAUGUUUCUUUUAUUAUAAGGGAUGGGUUUGCAAGAAUAAGGCUUGACCAAGACCGACUGCCAAUAAUAGAACCUGUUAAUAUUAACGAAGAAAGUGGAGGAAUUGACCAAAACACUCAAAUUAGGAAUCAGGGAAUUAUAGCUUUGAGUUACCGUGACUGGGAGGAGAUUGUGAAGACCUUUGAGAUCUCAGAGCCUAUGAUUACUUCAAGUCAAAACCGGCAGAGGCUAAGUGCUUGACACCAGCUGAAGGACUCAAGUGGAUAGUGAAGUCCAAAAAGGAAAGCAGCAUAUUGUAUUGUACAUACUGUAUGAUUAAACAUUUUUAACAGACAGAUUGUUUUUAGUAAAGUGUAGCUUUUGAUAGUUAAUGGGUCGUCUUUGAUUAAAGGAGGUUCACUGCCAUAUUCACAAAUAA